AGGCUCUUUCCUUCGCUCCCUUUAGGUCGCGGUGCGGCGGGGUCUCUGCCAAUCAGGGGGUAGUUUAUUUCCGGAGUAAGAUGGCUGCAGCACGAGUACUGAGAACAUGGAACUGGAAUGCCAGGCGGCUGAUUUGUGUUCGUUAUUUUCAAACAUAUGGUAGCAUUCAUGUUUUGAAGCCAAAAUAUGUGUGUUUCAUCGGUCAUCCUUCAUUCAAGUAUAGUCAUCCACAUCGGUUGCUGAAAACAACUGCUGCUCUACAAGGACAGAUUGUUCAAUUCAAACUCUCAGACAUUGGAGAAGGGAUUAGAGAAGUAACUGUUAAAGAAUGGUAUGUAAAAGAAGGAGAUACAGUGUCUCAGUUUGAUAGCAUCUGUGAAGUUCAAAGUGAUAAAGCUUCGGUUACCAUCACUAGUCGUUAUGAUGGAGUCAUUAAAAAACUCUAUUAUAAUCUAGAUGAGAUUGCCUAUGUGGGGAAGCCAUUAGUAGACAUAGAAACGGAGGCUUUAAAAGAUUCAGAAGAAGAUGUUGUUGAAACUCCUGCUGUGUCCCACGAUGAGCACACACACCAAGAGAUAAAAGGCCAGAAAACACUGGCAACUCCUGCAGUUCGCCGCCUUGCCAUGGAAAACAAUAUUAAGUUAAGUGAAGUUGUUGGCUCAGGAAAAGAUGGCAGAAUACUUAAAGAAGAUAUUCUCAACUAUUUGGCAAAGCAGACGGGAGCUAUAUUACCUCCUUCACCAAAAGCUGAAAUUAUGCUGCCUCCACCAAAACCAAAAGACAGGAGUAUUCCUAUACCAAUAUCCAAACCUCCAGUAUUCACAGGCAAAGACAGAACAGAACCCCUAAAAGGCUUUCACAAAGCAAUGGUCAAGACCAUGUCUGCAGCCCUGAAGAUUCCUCACUUUGGGUAUUGUGAUGAGGUUGACCUUACUGAGCUGGUUAAGUUACGAGAAGAAUUAAAACCCAUUGCUUUUGCUCGUGGAAUUAAACUCUCCUUUAUGCCCUUCUUCUUAAAGGCUGCUUCUUUGGGAUUACAACAGUUUCCUAUCCUUAAUGCUUCUGUGGAUGAAGCCUGCGAGAAUAUAACGUAUAAGGCUUCUCAUAAUAUUGGAAUAGCAAUGGAUACUGAGCAAGGUUUGAUCGUCCCGAAUGUGAAAAACGUUCAGAUCUGCUCUUUGUUUGAGAUUGCCUCUGAAUUGAACCGCCUACAGGAACUGGGCUCUGCAGGGCAGCUCGGAACCGCUGACCUUACAGGAGGGACAUUUACGAUUUCCAAUAUUGGAUCUAUUGGUGGUACCUAUGCCAAACCACUGAUAUUGCCACCUGAAGUAGCAAUUGGGGCUCUUGGAUCAAUUAAGGCCCUUCCUCGAUUUAACCAGAAAGGAGAGGUAUAUAAGGCCCAGAUAAUGAAUGUGAGCUGGUCAGCUGAUCACAGAGUUAUUGAUGGUGCUACAAUGUCCCGCUUCUCUAAUUUGUGGAAAUCCUACUUAGAAAACCCAGCUUUUAUGCUAUUAGAUAUGAAAUGAAGAUAGAUAAGACGUCCUCGAACUUUUUGUGCUUCCAAAGAAUAGGUAAAGCCUAGCUUUGCCAGCACAUGGUCUCCAUUGCAAUUUGUAAUAUAAGUGAUUUGUAUUGUAUGAUUAAGGUUCUGAGGCCCAAUAUUUAUCACUAUUCUGUUAGACUUUUUACUGAAAAUGAGAAAUGGUGUAAUAGUUUUCCUAUGGCUGUCCUAACACAUUUGAUAGGUCAUUAAAGAAAAAAGAAACCCGUUGCAUUCGAGUCAAAUCUGACUCACAGCUACACUACAGGACAGAGUAGAACUCUGCCCCAUAGGGUUUCCAGGGAGCAGCUGGUGAAUUCAAACUGCCGACCUUUUGGUUAGCAGCCGAGCUCUUAACCGCCAUGCCCCCAGAGCCCCUUAUGGGUCCUAGUAUUACUUAACAUGGUGUUAAGAUCUUUGUGUCAGUGGAUUGAAACUGGCAAGAACAUAAUGUUACUAAAGGACAGGUGGCCAUAUACAGUAUUUGCCCUGUUCUUUUUUUUCUUUUUUAACUGACUCUUGAUGAAACUUUCCAUUCAACUACUCUUAAUUGGGAAAAGGAAUUCACAUACAAAAAUGUUGCCAUUUCCCCAAAAUAAUGCAAAUUGUUAUGUAAAAUAAGUAGAAUUAUACUUAUCUUUGAGAUAUCCUGGAGUAUAUUUCUCUAUACAGAUUAUCAUCUGUAAAUGACAUUUAUAUAAGUUAACAUCUUUUAAAAGGGAGAAUUAUAAGCUGAUCAGGAAAAUGCCCAGUUAUAGUUUUAUAACCAGUAAAACUAUUAAAGCUUUUCGUUGAAAAUGGAUAAACUUUUAGAAUUUUUGUAAUAUUUUGGUGGUUUGUUGGGAAAAUUUCAUCUUCACAAACUUGCUUUGUGUAAGGAAGGUGUUUUAAAUGUAGCAGCCUCUGGCAUUUUCUUACAUUCAGAAAUCUAUUGCCUUUUAACUUUCUUGGCCUUAAGGUAAAAAAUAGGAUAAGAAAUCGAAGUCUAUUCUAUCAUCCAUAUCCUGAGUGGGAAAGUGAAUAAGAGAAGAGAGAAGAAUUUCGUGGGUAUUAUGGAUAGAAAAAUAAAAUAAUAAAUGUGAUACAGAAACGAAGGUAUCAUAAUGGUCAUUUUGUUACAGGGCCACUAUCAGAAAUAGCAUCAAAAUUAAUAUAGUCUGACAUUUUGAUUUGCAUUCAGAAAUCCAGGUCCCUUCUAAUACUGUCUAUAUGAAUAUUAUAUGCCAAAUUUCAAGUAAUGUGACAGAGAAAAGUAAUUUUGAUGUCCACUUUUUUUUUUUUUUUUUUUUCAAAAUUGGAAUAAUUGUUAAAUCAAAAAAUAAUAAAUCAGUGCGAGACCAAAUUACUGUGGGGACCAUGGUCUUGGGGAACAUCUAGCUCAACUGGCAUAACAUAGUUUAUAAAGGAAAUGUUCUACAUUCUACUUUGGUGAGUAGUGUCUGGGCUCUUAAAAGCCUGUGAGCUGCCAUCUAAGACACCCCACUGGUUUCACAGCUUCAGGAGCCAGGGAGAAUGAAGAAAACCACAGAUACAAGGAAAGAUUAGCUCAAAGGACUAAUGGACCACAGCUGCCACAGUCUACACCAGUCUGAAUCCAGUACAGCUAGAUGGUGCCUGGCUAUCACUACUGACUGCUCUGACAGGGAUCACAAUAGAGAGUCCAGAGAGAGCUGGAAAAAAAUGUAGAACAAAAUUCUAAUUUACAAAAAAAGACCACACUUACUGGCCUGACAGACACUGGAGAAACCCUAGAGUAUGGCCCCCAGACACCCUUUAUAGCUCAGUAAUGAAGUCACUCCUGAGGUUCACCCUUCAGCCAAAGAUUAGACAGGCCCAUGAAACAAAACAAGACUACAGGGGCACACCAGCCCAGGGGCAAGGACUAGGAGGCAGAAGGGCACAGGAAAGCUGGUAAUAGGGAACCCAAGGUCAAGAAGGGAGAGUGUUGACAUGUCACGGGGUUGUUAACCAGUGUCAUAAAAUAAUAUGUGUACUAAUUGUUUAAUGAGAAGCUAGUUCUGUAAACUUUAAAGUACAAUAAUAUCAGAUAAUAAAGUUACAAAGAAAAUCAAAUCAUCCAUAAUCCCACCACUCUUAACAUUUUAAUCAUGUACCUGUAUACCUAGCUAUUCUUUUUAUAAAAAUGGGUCAUACUAUAGCUACUAUUUUAUAAUUUGAUUUUUUUAAUUUAACAAUAUAUUAUGGGUAACUUUACAUGUCAGUAAACAAUUCUACAUUAUAAUUUUACAUGACUGCAUUAAAAAAAAAGUAUUUCAUUGUAUGUAUUCAAUCGUACACUCAAAUAAUGAUUAAGCGUCUACGCUAUACCAUGCACAAUGCUAAGUACUGGACACACAUUGCCCAUCCUCAUGGUCCCUGCCUUCACUAGGCUCAUAGCCUGGUGGAAGAAAAAAAGCUGUUAAAUAAUCAUAAAAAUAUAAUUACACACCUGGGUAGAAAAAACAUAAGGUAUUAUGAGAGCAUCUAAUAGGAGCUCCUGAUUCUGGCUAGGGGAAUCAGGAGAUGAGUGUUUCAUAAUUGACCAGUUCUCUAUUGAUGGGCAUUUGCUGAAUUUUAGAUGAGGAAUUUGACCCUCACUUAAAGAAUGUGAAAACAAGGAGAAAGGGAGUCCUGAAAUUAAAUAUGCCACUGCUGAAAAGAAAAUCCAGCAUCUUUGGCUCAAGAUGUUCUCUAUGUUCCCAAAAUAACCCCUGAGCUGUCUGUUCUAGCCCAACCUCAUACCGUUGCUGUCUUUUCUUUAGUCUCAUCCGUUGGGAAUUCAACAAAGGAUUUGCUCCCUGCCUUUUGCAGGAUCUUUCCCGGGAGGAGACCAGAGGGCGGGGACCAUAGCCCUAGCCAAAGGGCUCUACACAUUACAGUGAGGGACAAGGCUUUUGCUGUAUUCCUAAAGGUUGAAAUUAAAGGGAAGAAGCCAGUAAAUUCACAUCCCUUAUUAAUACAUCCGGGGGUUAGAAGGGAAACCCUGGUGGCGUACUGGUUAAACACUACGACUGCUAACCAAGAGGUCGGCAGUUCAAAUCCGCCAGGCACUCCUUGGAAACUCUGUCGGGCAAUUCUACUCUGUCCUAUAGGGUCGCUAUGAGUUGGAAUUGACUCGACGGCAGUGGGUUCAGUUUGGUUUGUUUUGGGGGUGAGAAGGUAUCUAUGCACGGGGAGAAGCCAAAAUUAUUGCUGGAAAUGGUCAACAAGAAAAUAAAGAUUCCAUUCAUUAUAUACAGCAUCCCUCUGACACUUGAGAAGGAGGUAUAAUAGGGAAGGAAGUUUGAAGGACAGGAGCCUGAAUUGGCAUUAAUUUCCACCUUGGAAGCCAAAAAGUACCUUAUGUUGAAACAUUCCAAGAAGUGGUUAUAUAGGAAAAAGAAAUGAAUGUGGCACAUUCUUUGUCCAGAAGGCCCACUGGCCUGUUUGGGCAUUUCUCCUUGCUUUCCAGUCAAAGUGAAUCCCAAAGAUCCCUUGAUGGAUUUCUUUGCUGACUAUGGUUUGAUAGAAAGUUGAUAGAGUACACCAGUGUUCAUUGCAGCACUAUUCAAAAUAGCCAUAAGGUGGGAACAAUCUAAUUGCCCAUCAGCAGAUGAAUGGAUAAGCAAAAUGUGGUACACACGUGCAAUGGAAUAGUACCCAGCCAGUAGGAGAAAUGAACUCUUGAUACUUGCUACAUUACGGAUGGAGCUUGAAGACAUUAUGCUGAGUGAAAUAAGGCAAUCACAAAAAGGCAAAUAUCAUAUGACCUCAUUUUUAUAAAAAGACAAGAAAAAGCAAAUGUAUAGAGACCAAAGUUUAUUAGUGGUUUACUGGAGGCAGGAGGGAGGGGGAGAAGGGUGGUUAAUUGUGCUGGGAAAAUCACAUUAAUUAAGGGUAGGGUUGCACAACUGAUUAAUGUAGUUCCUGUCAAUAAGUUGUACACCUAUAAAAGGUUGAAUUGGGAAAGGCUGUGUGAUAAACAACAUUUAUAACAAUGACAGAGAAACAAGAUUAGCUGCUGAGGCUGCUAAUGUACAACCAAACAUCUCCUGGGAUUUGGCUCCUUGGUUUGGAGGUUUAGGGUCAUGGUUUCAUGGAUAGUCCAGUAAACUGGCCUACCAACAUGUUUAGUGCUUCUGUUUUACAUUUUAGCUCCUUGUGUAGUGUCUGGGGUCUUAAAAGUUUGCAGGCAUCCAUUCAAGGCACAAUACUUGGUUGGUCUCUCUUCACCUGGAGCAACAGAUGAAAAAAGAGAAUAGGAGAAGGAAAUGAAAUGUGUAGCAAAUUGCCUCCAUGAACAACUUUACCAAGAGGCCAGAAGAACUGGAUGGUGCCCAGCUAGUAUCACCAAACAUUUUGAUCAAAGAUUCUAUAAAAGAAUCCUGAUCAAAAGGGGGAGAAUGUAGAACAGAAUUUCAAAUUCUCAUGGAUUCCAGACUUUCUGGAGCCGUGGAGACUGGAUGAACCCCUGAAACUAUUGCCCUGAGGUAAUCUUUAAACCUUAAACCAAAAAUAUCCUCUGAAAUCUUCUUGAAAGAAAACAAUAGUUUAAUAAGUAAACAGUGUCUGCCUUGAGCAUUGUGCUCUUUUAAGAUCUACCUAUAUGGGAUCAAAUUGACAACAGCAACUUGAAGAUUAGGUAGAAACCCUAAAGUGCAGUGAGUUUAUGUUAAUGGGGGAGGAACAAUUCAGAAAAGAGGGCAAGAAUGGUUUGCACAACUCAAUGUAAUCAAAGUCACUGAAUUGUACAUGUUGAUACUGUUGAAUUAGUGUAUGUUUUGCUGUGUACAUCCUCAAAAACAACAGCAACAAAAUAAAUUUUUUUUUAAAAAGCAAGAAUGCUUGAGUCUUUGAUUGAACACAUUAUAAAAGAAAGCAAGUUGUUCUCCUUCUUCAAGAUUGACCAUAUUAUAAAUCACAGAAUGUGAGGCUGGUGAAGUAUAAGACAACAAUGUGUUUGCUUAACAAACCUGGAGUCAAUGUUAAUCAUAGAGGUAAGGCAGAAACUGAUGUCAAGUAUCCCCAUCACUUAGUUCUCCCCUAAAAAUACUAAAAAGCUGGUAUCCUAUUCUUAUGAGAAGUCUAGAAAUUACUGUGCUUUUUAGUUGAAAUGACAUGUCUUGACAUUGGAAUUUGAUAUACAAUUCAUAGCAGUAGACUUUAUUCUGUUUAUUGGAGAAUUAGUUCUGAGUGGAAAUACUGUCUCCACCCUUCUCAGAGGUGUAAUUAAUGUAAAACCAGGGAAAGAUCUUUGAUGGGCAAUGUAGGAGGAUUGCAGACAUUAGCCGUGUUAUGUCUUCCCAUCUAAUCUAUAUCUAGAGGAGGAAAAGGAAUCUGUUCAAACCUCCUUAGACUGCCAUUUGUAUGAGUUCCCAGGAACAAUUUUUCUAAGUUUAAAGAAGAUGAAUAAAGUCAUCAAGUUAAUAUUUAUUCAAAUACUAUUGUUUGUAGGUGUCAGGAAUUGAAUUGUGUCUUUCAAAAAUUUGUGUCAACUUGGCUAGGCUGUGAUUCCUAGUAUUGUGUGGUUGUCAUCCAUUUUGUGAUCUGAUGUAAUUUUCCUAUGUGUUAUAAAUCCUAAUCUCUUCCUGUGGUUCAUAAGGCAAGAUUAGUUUGUGUUAAAGAGGAUAGGGUGAGAUCCAAUGAAGGAGAGUUCCCCUGCUUCUAUCUUAUGAGAGAUAAAAGGAGAGAGAUGGGACCUCCUGUCACCAAGAAAGAAGCAUUGAGAACACAGCACAUCCUUUGGACCUGGGGUCCCUGCACUGAGAAGCUCCUAAACCAGGGGAAGAUUGAUGACAAGGACCUGCCCCCACAGCUGACAGAGAGAGAAAGCCUUCUCCUGGAGUUGACACCCUGAAUUUGGACUUCUAGCCUACCAGACUCUGUGAGAAUAAAUUUGUCCUUUUUGAGCCCACCCGCUUGUGGUAUUUCUGUUAUAGCAGCACUAGAUAACUAAGACAGUAGGACAUUUGUUUUAAAUCAAAUUUUUGACAAAGUAUGGGUAUACUUUCUAUGUGUAGUGUGUCUAUGGUACAGCAUAUUUGCAUUCCUUGGUUACUCAGCAUGUCUAGUGCUUUUAAGCUCAUUCUAGAUUUUAUAGAAACCGAAUCAUCAUUUCAAUCUUUAUUAUUAUAAAUGAUUUAUUUACCGCUACAGACUGCUCCAACUGGGAUCACAACAGAGGGUCCUGGACAGAGUGGGAGAAAAAUGUAGAACAAAAAAUCAAAUUCACAAAAAAGAUCAGACUUCUUGGUCUCACAGAGACUGAAGGAACCGCUGACUGUGGCCCUAAGAUACUACUCUGACCUAGAACUGAAGCCAUUCCUGGAGAUCACCUUUCAGCCAAACAAUAGACAGGCCCAUCAAAUAAACAAUAACACCUGAGAGAAACGUGUUCCUCAGAACAAUCAGUUAUCAAGAUCAAAAGGACAUUAGCCCAAAAACAAAGAUGAGAAGGCAAUAAAGGGUUGAAAAACUAGAGGAAAGGAAACAGGGAACCCCAGGAUGGAAAUGGGGAGAGUGCUGACACAUUGUGGGGAGUGCAACCAGUGUCAUGGAACACGUUAUGUAUAGACUAUCAGAUGGGAAACUAAUCUGCUCUGUAAACAUUCACCUGAAGAACAAUAAAUAAAUUUAAAAAACAAAAUAAAUGAUUUACAUAUGCUAUCAUAUUAUUGAUCAUAGCAAUGAUUUAUCCUAUGCCAAAUCCUUGGGAAAGAACACAAACUCUACAACAUUGUUUAUAUGGGAAAAUAUGAUCCACCCCCAGGACACCCUUAUAGCCCAGUACUGAAGUCACUCCUGAGGUUCACCCUUCAGCCAAAGAUUAGACAGGCCCAUAAAACAAAAUGAGACGGAAGGGGCACACCAGCCCAGGAGCAAGGACAAGAAGGCAGGAGGGGACAGGAAAGCUGGUAAUACAGAACCCAAGGUCGAGAAGGGGAGAAUGCUGACUUGUCAUGGGGUUGGCAACCAAUGUCACAAAACAAUAUGUGUAUUAAUUGUUUAAUGAGAAACUGGUUUGCUCUGUGAACCUUCAUCUAAAAUACAAUAAAAAAUAAAGAGAUCCGCCUUUCAGGUGCAUUUACUAGGCCAAAAAGUAGGAAUUACUGAUGGAUUGAUUUAUGCCCCACUGCUUUCAAGAAAUAAUUCAAGAAAGUAACUUCAUGCAUAUACAUAAUCAUCACAUUUGGACAGUCCAAUUAUUAUUGUAUUGUCAUUUAUGGCUAUCCUUAUACACAAUUUUUAGGAGUUUCUGGGUGCUGCAGGAGUCUCUGAGUGGUACAAAUAGUUCUGCACUUAACUACUAGCUGACAUACUUAACUACUAGCUGAAAGGUUGAUGUUCAAACCCAUCCCAAGGCACCUCAGAAAAUAGACCUGGCAAAUCUGUUUCUGAAGGGUCACAGCCUUGAAAAUCCUAUGGAGCAGUUCUACUCUGCACACAUGGGGUCCACGUGAGUUUGAAUCGAUCUGACGGCAACUUAAUUCAUUUUAUUUAAUCCUCACAACAACCGCAGAUACUGUUCUUUUAUUUUACCAAUGAGGAAGAAAAGUCUCAGGAUUAAGUAACUUGCCCAAGGUUCCUCAGUAAUGGCAGAGAUGGGAUACAAAAUCAGACUUGUCUUCAAACCUAACCUCUUAAGUACUACACCAUACCUGUCUUAGUCAUCUAGUGCUGCUGUAACAGAAAUGCCACAAGUGGGUUGCUAUAACAAAGAGAAAUCUCAAUCUAGUAGUCUAGAAGUCCAAAUUCAGGGCGUUGCCAACCAAGGGAAGGUUUUCUCUCUCUGUCGGCUCUGGAAGAAAGUCCUUGUCAUCAAUCUUCCCCUGGAUUAGAUGCUUCUCUGCCUAGGAACCCCUGGUCCAAAGGACAUGCUCUGCUCCUAGCACUGCUUUCUUGGUGGUAUGAGGUCCCCCACUCUCUGCUUGCUUCCCUUUUAUCUCUUGUAAGAUAAUAGGUGGUGCAGGCCAUACCCCAGGGAAACUCCCUUUACAUUGGAUUAGGGAUCUGGGUAAGAGUGUUACAUCCCACCCUACUCCUCUUUAACCACAGGGAGAGAUUAUGAUUUAUAACACACAGGAAAAUCACAAAAUGGAGGACAACCACACAAUACUGGGAAUCAUGGCCUAAUCAAGUUGACACAUAGUUUGGGGGACACAAUUCAAUCCAUGAUAAUAUCCUUGUCCGAUCCACUGUGAUUAAUGCCACUUAAUAUAAUUUGAACCCACCAGUUGCUCCAUGGGAGAAAGAUAUGGCAGUCUGCUUCCAUAAAGAUUACAGCAUUGGAAACCCUAUGGAGCAGGGUUGCUGUGAGUUGGCAUUGACUCGAUGGCAAUGGGUUUGGUUUUUUGGGUUUUGGCCCCAAAGUUUAUACCCUUUCACAAUUCCAUAUAUUUGUGUUUUGGCCCCAAAGUUUAUACCCCUUCACAAUUCCAUAUAUUUGUGCUUAAUAUAAGUUGUCCCAUUACAUUGGUUGUUUUCUGGGCUGCCUAGAAAAAGGGAGAAUGGAACAAGGCCUUGCAUGGGUCCCAGUUUUGCUGGGAAAAAACCAAAUCUCUGCUAAUUUUAUUUUAACAUUCUUAGUGAGGAGCAACACUAUGUCAGAAAAUGAUUAGGCUAUUUUGGCAUGAAAAAGGGAGAAGGAAAUCCAUAUUAUCAUCUACUAUAUGCCAGGCACCAUGCUAAACAGGUGUCUCAAUCCUCAUGACAACACUUGAGAGUAAGUAUUAAGAUUAGAAUCAACUGCAUGUUAACAGAGAUCAAAACCAAUAAUAGUUGAAACAAAAGAAAAAUCUACUUCUCUGUCAUGUAGACAUCUUCAGCUGGUGUGGUGGCUCUGCCUCACAAAAUCCUCAUGGAACCAGGCUUUUGCUAGCUUUCUGUCCUGCCAUCCCUUUGUUGUCACACCUGUCCUCAGGUGUGACACCAGACUGGAGCUUUAGCCAUCACAUCCACAUUCCACACAACAGGAUGGUGGAGAGUGGGCACGUGUCCCUUAAGAAAGGUUUCCAGAAGCUCUCAGGGACUUUCCCCUAUAUCCCAUUGACUAUAUCUUAGUCACGUGGCCCCAUCUAGCAAGGUAAGCUGGGAAAUGUUGACUUUAUUCUGAAAGGUCAUAAAUUCAAGUACGUCUCUGUGAAGGGGAGAACGGAUAUGAGGGAACAAUUGCCAAUCUGUGCCACAGAAGAUGGUUUCUCCAUUUUCAGGUUAGAAAAGACUACAAGACAUAGAGCAAUGUCUCAAAAGUUACACAGCCACUCAAGUGCAGGGCGGGGACUCAGCCUAGAUAAGUCCACUUACUCCUAUGUUAUUUUACCUCUUGAACGGCACAACUGCCCAGACCAACUUCUCUGACUUAUGCUAAUAAACAGUAGGGAGUAAUAGAUGGGUUGAAACAUUAUCAAGUGAAAUACCUAAAGAAGCCCAAAUUAUAUUUUACCCUUCUUUAUGUCUCCUCUAAGUCUUUGGAAGAACUUUCAUCAAGUAAGAAGGUGAGUUCGCUUUUUAGUGCUUUCUUUUUCAUUCUUGUCUUCUGUUGGGAAUGUCGUAAGUGCCACUGCCUAAAAGGUCAAAAGUUUGUAGGAGGUAAAAAUACAGGGACUCCCUGCUGCCUUCCAUUAUUGAAAUUACUCUCUUCUUCAGCUCUAACCUUUACUUUAGGAGUGUGACAGUCAGGACUCUUUGAUU